AUGACGACCUUGGCUGUGGCUUCCUCUAGACAAGGACAGAAUUUGUCGCUUAGAUCCGCGAGCGAUGUCCGACAAGAAAUCGAAGCGAGAUCCGAGACGAUCUAUACCGCUUAUGACACCCUGCACAAGAUACUGGAGCGCCACGAGGCCACUCUCUCGAAGAGAUGGUUGAAGCGAACACGCCAGCAGAGACUCAAAGUCCUGCUCGAGGCUUGGCCAGAUAUGCCGGUCGUUCAUCGCCCCGAUCUUGAUGUCUGGCGUAAAGCGUGCAACGGGAAACGAGAGAGGGGGCCGCGGUUCCGUGACAGCUUGGUGUGGCCAUAUAUCAACCAGGAGGACCUGGUGAGCCCCAAGGCCAUAUUGUUGCUUCUCCACUCCAGAGGCCGUUAUCCACCGUCAAGCUUUGCGGCGGCAGAUGCGGUCGCGAUGACUUUUGGGCUGGUGAGCCAAAUGCUUAUGCCGGACUACCUAAAGGAUACGAGUACUUGUUACAUGGCUCUGAACGGUUUCGAUGAGAACACUCGCCAGUAUGGCGAGCUUGUCAUCUGUGAUGACGCUAAAGGGUUCGGGCGCAAAGUAUUGAAGCAAUUCACGCCGGGGCACGGCCUUCUGGUUUUGGAAGCCCAAGCGAGACUGUUGACCUUCCUUGUGAAGUGCUGCCGCCAAUUACUUCCAGAUAUUCCCGUGGGCGACUUCGACGCCUUCCCCAUCCUCCCCCCACCACAAAUCAAGACGGAGAGUGAAGUGAGCGGCUUUGAAUCUCUAAGACUGAUGGCAGCAGAAGCUCCCUAUCGUGUGCCUGCACAACUCGACCUGGGUCGCAUCGAGUCGCUCCUUGCAGCCCGCACCUCGGCCGCGGAAGACCACCUCUGGGCCCUACGCGAAGACCCCGAAUAUUUUGCCAGCGCCGUCCUCGGCCUGAAAGAGCAUCGCCCCGAAAUGCUGAAGGAUCUGCGGGGCCGCGACCAUCCCGAUCUGCGCCACAGCCGGAAGAACGUGUUCUGGGGGCGGGUUUUGGCGCCCGUGGUUGGCAACGCCUACCUGAAUGUCGAGAUCUUUCACCAGCUAAGCCAACAAGCCCGGGCUCUGGUAUCCCUGCAGCACCAAUAUGCAGCCCAGAUCUCACCAUCUCAGGAUCUGCCCGAGGAGUUCCUGACCGCUUUGCUGCGGUUACGCCACGAUCUGGACGAGGCAAUCGCCAAUCCUCUGCACAUGCUGCGAGAGACCUUCCGUCCCUCCCCACCCUUCCGCAGAUUCUUCGUGCGCCGACAACCCCACGAUCCGGACUUUUCACAAGGUGCUGUCGGGGCUAGACCUGGAGCCAAACCCACGGCCGUGGAGCAGAAGUUGCUCUGGCUGCUUGAAAACAUGUUCGGUAACCAGCUAGUACUGACACUAGCCGGUGCGCCGUUGAUCAUGGAUGAGGUCGAACGCCUGCUCGAGGACGAGCCAGGGGCACGAGAUCUGAUCACCCCUUGGCUAGCUGGCCUUAUCGGCGAUCUCUCGAUCCUUACAAAGUGUCUCGGGGAAUUGGCACUGUAUCAGCCAUGGGCGCGAAGCUGGGUUCACAGUAGCGUGGCACACAAGUGGUUUGAAGAAGACUACAAGAAAAUGACUCAACCAAUGUGUCAGAUUUUUGACAAGAUCGGUGAAGCAAUUCUCGACACGAAAGAUGCCAGUCAAGCUGUCGUUCUGGGAGACCCGUCUGGAGGGCAAUUCGCGUAUCCGAUUGAGAAGCGCCGGACCAAGGAGAACGUGGCGAUACUACGGCAGGCGGAAGCCAGAUUGGAUGCGUUCUGGAGGCUGAUUGACGAGGCUCUGGCGGACAGACUGCCAGGCACCGCAUCGCACAAGGCCCUUUUCUCUCAAUCGUGCGGUCUGCAACGGACACCAGAAUGGGAGGAGCCCACGCCUAAGCCUCGACCGCAACCCGCAGCGCAGCCCAAGAGCGAUAGCACCAGUCCGUACACCUCCUUCCUGCCCAGUUGGCUAUUCCCCAGUAGUGCCGAUGACACUAGCACAGCCCAGCGACCGAAGACCAAGGUCAAAACUCGCGGAACAGCACGGUCUGCCUCCACACAGGACCAUGGCGCCGAAGCGCUCCUGGAACCCAUCGGUGCAGAGACUCAGCCAGCGUUCUCCGUGGAUGCGCGCUCCCUCAAGGUCUUUCGGAGUUUGUUCCAUGACCCGGAGCUGACGUCGACGCCGGGCGAGGUGCGUUGGAAUGACUUUCUUCAUGCUAUGAAGUCGAUCGGUUUCGCGGGCAUCCAGCUCUACGGCUCUGUCUGGCAGUUCGAGCCCACUGUUUUCGAUCUGGAACGAAGUAUCCAGUUCCAUGAACCGCACCCUAGCGGAAAAAUGCCGUAUACCAUGGCUCGGCGGAUUGGCCGUCGGCUGAACCGGGCAUACGGCUGGCAUGGGGGCAUGUUUGUCCUGGCUAAUAGUAAAGAAUAG